CAGGACGGGGAGGAGGCAGCGGCGGGAAAGGUGGCGGCAGAAGUCCGGCGUCUCGUCAUAGAUUCACGUCGCCCGUGGGACGCGGGAAUGGUGAAAACGCAACUGGAGGACCGAUUGCGAUUUCCAUCAGCGACAGCCUGUCUCGCGGCGAGAGUCGUGGCAGCAUACCAAUUGCAAAAAGGGCGGGAUCUCGUGGGGGUGCUUUCCCCGACAGCCCCCGGGGACGGUUACGAGGCAGUGGCGGUAAAGGUGGCGGCAAGAACGAUGUUGCUCCCAGAAUGAUAGAGAUCACAAAACAAAUAGGCGACUGCGCUAAGGCAGGCAACGUUACGGGCGCAGAACGUGUCUUCAACAGCAUGCAAGCCGAAGGCCUGGAGCCGGAUGUCCGCGCUUACUGCGCGCUCAUGCGCGCGUACGCAAAACGUGGCGACGGCCCGGGCGCCGGACAGGUUCUUGGCCGAAUGAUGGACGCAGGCUUGAAACCGGACGUCGUUAGCUACAAUAUCCUGAUUGGCGCUUACGCUAGGAAUGGCAAUGCUCAGGGUGCAGAAAAUGCUUUGAAAGCAAUUGAAGUCGCAGGCCUAGAGCCGAACGCCCUCAGCUACAGCACGGUUAUAGAUGCUUACGCUGAGAGUGGCGAUGCUGAGGACGCGGAGAGUGUUUGGCAAAGGAUGAGAGACGCGGGCGUGAAGCCCAACGGCGUCAGCUACACUGCCUUGAUGACUGCUUACGCUAAAUGUGGCGAUGCUUGGCGCGCAGAGGAUGCUCUGGAAACGAUGGCGCACGCGGGCCUGGCGCCGGGCGUCUUCUUCUACAACUUGCUCAUGCGCGCGUACGCGAAAUAUGGCGACGCUCCGGGCGCCGAAAAGGUUCUUGAUCGAAUGAUGGACGCAGGCUUGGAGCCGAACAUCUUCAGCUACAACGCCCUGCUGGACGCUUACGCGAAAGGUGGCAACGCUGAGGGCGCAGAGGAUACUCUGAAAAGGAUCGAGCGCGUCGACUUAAGGGCGGACGUCUUCACCUAUACCGCGCUAGUUGACGCGUACGCUGUGAAAGGCGACGCCGCGGGCGCUUGGCGUGCUUUUCAAAGGAUGAAGGACGCAGGCGUGGCGCCGGAUGUCGUCACCUACAACACUCUGAUGAAAGCGCACAUAAAAGCGGGCGGCGCGAAGGGCGACGCCGACAUCGUUCGCAAGGGCAUCGAUGACGUCUUGGCCUUGAUGUCUGAGGACGAAAAGUUGGUGGAAGGGCCUGACGAAGAUACCCUCGGUCUGAUGUUGGGGUAUUAUUCGAAGACGGGCAGGGAAGAGCAGGCCAGACAAGUUCUUGCACUUCGUGAAGCGCGACUUCUCCAACAAAAUGUGUAGGGCAAAUGAAUGACCACUGAAAUUCAUUGAAUGAAUGUGAUCUAUGUCGUGUAAACCUUUAGUAGUGAAAGCGCUUCCCGUUUUCUCCUUCAGACCUGGACUGAUUUCAUGUAAAUGGAGCUUGGCAUGACAAAUUUAAAUUUUCAUAUUUUCGCUUUCAGUUUUAAGUAUCCAACUCCAAGGAUACUCAAUUCCUAGCACCGUAGUCUUCUUCUAGAAUGCAGCUACAUUACAAUCGAGUCAAGAAAACCCUCUGUCGUUUUCAACCAAUUGCAAAUUUUAUUUAUGGCGCUACGCUUUUUCUUUUACCAAAGCCAAAGCGAUUUUAGGUUACCCCUACGCUUUUUACCCCUAUGCUUUUAGGUUACUUGUUUGCCAAGAACAGUUAUGGUCGUACGAGGGCGCACCAAGCACGCACGUACAGCAGAACGGUCAACGGGAUCGGCCCCCAGUAGUCAGAAAAGC